CAAUCUAGCUAUCUUAUGUCCCUUAAGUUUGCAUGUGUGGUGGUGUUGUGCUUGGCCGUGGUGGGUGCACCCCUGGCUCAAGGAGCCAUAAAUUGUGGUGAAGUCACAUCCAAACUGGCACCCUGCAUUCCUUACUUGAAGGGUCCAGGCGGUGGUGCUGUUCCUCCAGCAUGCUGCAGUGGGAUCAAAACCCUCAACGGCGAAGCCCAAACAACACCAGACCGCCAAGCAGCUUGCAACUGCCUCAAAAGCGCGGCUGCCACCAUCACUGGCAUCAACUUAAACCUUGCAAGUGGACUCCCAGGCAAGUGCGGUGUCAGCAUCCCUUACCAGAUCAGCCCCAGCACUGACUGCAAAAGCGUCAAGUGAAAGUUUGGUCAUGGAAAUUCCUCAGCUAAUGAAAGCUACAGAAUAAAAGUGGAUGUUAAAAGUCGAUAGGGAUAGCACCCUUAGUGGAAGUAAUCUCAGUUAUUCAUGUAACGU